AUGCGUCAGAAAGGAGUGUCCUACGAAAUUUUUUCGAGUCGAAAGUGUGUGACAAUAAAUGUUCUCCGAAUGGGUCCUAAAAUGCAGGGGUAUACUGAAGAUGAAAUGGUGGAUAUUUCUCAUGGUAAGCAGCUAUGGGAGCUUUGUAAAGAGAAGUAUGAUCCAUUGUGGCUUAAAGGGGGAAACCACUGCAAUUGGGAUUUCUAUUUUAGAGUACUUGAAGCAGGGACGGAGCCACGUGGAGACACUCAAGUCUCCCCAGUCCCCACUGCUCCCUGCAACCGUUGCUACGUGCUAGCACUUGCGACUCAGUUCCUCGACAACGGCAAAUCUAUGAGACUACAAGUACAAGCAAUCAAGAAACAUCAUGAUGUGUCAUGGUUUUUCAACUUAGUUGCUAGUAUUUUGAAUGUUGUUGGAGGCUCUUGUAGACGUCAUGAUUCUCUUCUUGAGAUACAAGCAAAGAAAGUGUUUGAAGCUUUAAGUGCUGGGGAAAUUCCAAGUGGGCGAGGCCUAAAUCAAGAAACUACUCUUGCACGUGCUUCUGAUACACGUUGGGGAUCACAUUAUGAAACUUUGGUGAGCUUGAUCAAAUUGUUUGGAUCUGUAAUUUCUGUCCUUGAAUUGAUUCAGGAUGAAGGGCAAGGAGAACAAAAAGGUUUGGCAAAAGGUCUUUUGUUUAAUAUGUGUCAAUUUGACUUUGUAUUCAACCUACAUUUGUUGAAAGCAAUAUUGGCAAUAACGAAUGAGUUGUCACAAGCAUUGCAGAGAAAAGAUCAAGACAUUGUGAAUGCGAUGAGGCUAGUUGAAUUUUCCAAAAGUAGACUACAAUUGAUGAGGGAUGAUGAAUGGGAUUCCUUCAUUGAUAAAGUUUCAUCAUUUUGUGGUUUACAUAAUAUCAGUGUUCUUAUCAUGGAACAACAAUAUUUAGUUGGAGGAAGAUCAAGACGUGGAGGACAAGAGGUAACAAAUUUACAUCAUUAUCGUAUUGAAUUAUUCUACACUGUGCUAGAUAGACAGCUUAGAGAGCUGAAUGAUCGCUUCACUGAGACAACUACAGAGUUACUUAUUUGUGUGGCAUGUCUCAAUCCUAAUGAUUCAUUUUCAGCAUUUGAUAAGCAGAAGCUCAUUCGGCUUGCAACUUUCUAUCCUAAUGAUUUUACUUUAGUGGAGCUUAUGACUCUUGAAGAUCAACUUGAUACAUAUAUCUUUGAUAUGCGUCAUAGUAAAGAGUUUGAACAAUUGAAAGGACUUGGUGAUUUAUCUGAGAAAAUGGUUCAACACAAAAAGAAGCAAUUGUAUCCGUUAGUGUAUCGACUCUUGAAAAUGGCAUUGAUUCUACCAGUCGCCACAGCUACCGUGGAGAGAGCAUUUUCUGCUAUGAAGAUUGUGAAGAGUCGUUUGCGUAAUCGAAUGGGAGAUCAAUUAUUAAAUGAUAGUUUGGUUGUAUAUAUUGAAAAAAAAGUGUUCAAUGAUAUUAGUAAUGAAGCUAUCAUACAACGCUUCCAGAAAAUGAAAAAUCGUCGUGAACAAUUAUAA